AUGUUAGAGACAGGACAAAGCGGGCCACCCCGAGGUGGGGAUCGUGACAGGGGGCCCUUACUGAUGGGUAUCCUGUGGGCGCAGGCAGGGAUAGUGACGGUCAUUGUGUUCCUGAGAUUAUAUGCUCGCUUCAUGAUUCACACCACCGGCUGGGAUGACUGGCUGAUGUUCCUGACGCUGGCGAUAUUCAUCGGGUCAAUUAUCAUUGCUACCCUCCAAGAUAGUGUCGGAGGCUACCGACAUGUGUACUAUCUGGACGAGAAUGCCAUCAUGCAGGCGCUGGAAUAUAAUUUCAUCCUGCGCAGUGUUCAUAUCAUAGCAUACGCUACAGGCAAAGCAUCCAUCGGCGCAUUCAUUCUGCGUCUGAUCGGACCGCAGAACAUGUGGCAGAAAUGGGUUGUUUGGGUCCUCAUCAUAUUCACAACGCUCGUGAAUGUGUUGAAUUGUAUAUUCAACUUCGUCCAAUUCAACCCGGUGCAGGGUAACUGGGACCCAAGGGUUUCAGCCAAUUGCUGGAAUAGAACGGCGCAGCUCAAGUUUGCUUAUUUCAUGUGCAGCGAGAAUAUCGUGGCAGACGCGGUUCUAGCCAUUAUACCGGCCACAUUUCUUUUAAGUAUGAACAUCAGUCUCAAAAAGAAAAUCAACUUGACGAUCCUCUUGGGACUCGGUUCGAUGGCUACAAUAUGCGGCAUUGUCAAGACCAUCGAGCUGGACUCCAUCAACAAUGACCCUGACUUCACAUGGGGAUUAUACACCGUAACCGUCUGGGCCUUAUCAGAAAUUUUUGUCAUCAUCACCUGCGGCAGCGUGCCGGCCCUGAAACCGCUCUGGGAUCGGUAUAUCGUAAGACGAUUCAGCGAAAACAAUUCGGAGUGUCACGGAAAUUGGUUCGAAAACUACCGGAUGCGACAUGUCUAUCAAACGAGACUUCAAUCUGGCUCAAGUCAAGCCAAGCACACGCCAAAGAGCGCAAGCACGAGCAGGUCAUUAUGGUCUUCUGAUCCGGGAGGUCAGACGACGACAACGCAACUCGCCACCAAGGCUUCAGGAGAAAGAGACAUCGAGACUAUACAAGAGCCUCAGAGUGCUGUUCAAUGUUCUGACGGGUGA